AUGAUGGCCACACCUGCUAACCAUGGUCGCGACUCAACACAGCCGACUUGUCAAAAUUGUCAGACCUCAACGACACCUUUGUGGCGACGCGAUGAAUAUGGUGCGGUUCUGUGCAAUGCAUGCGGCUUGUUCCUCAAGUUGCAUGGCCGCCCGCGCCCCAUAUCUCUCAAGACGGACGUGAUAAAGAGCCGAAACCGUGUCAAGACCAUGCGCCCUGAUCUUGCGAACAAAAAGAAGCAAGCGCAACAACAGCAACAAGCCCAGCACCAAUCACAUGCCUUUUCAGGAGGAGACCCGAACGGUUUCGAUCUUCAUGCGCAGCCUGGCACAGUCGCGUCGGGUCAACGCCCGGUGCAGAAAUCCGCCAAUGGGCAGCAAGACGGGGGCAACUCGCCGGGCUCACGCGCCGACACACCUUCUCUAUACAACCCCGGCAUGCCCGUCUUUCAAGGGCUAGACGAUCCCCAGUUCCAGUCAUUCGCCAUGUCUAGCAAUUCCCCCAAUCGGCCGGCGUCACCCCUUAACGGCAAUCGGCACCUAGACCCUCCCCAAACCCACGAACAGCUCAUCGCGACCAACUCGGCGCUGAAGACUAGGGUUAGCGAGCUCGAAUUCAUCAACGAACUCUUUCGGGGACGACUGGGUCAGCUGGAGCACGACGAGGCCAACGCCAGGCGGGGGCAAGAGAUCAACGGGCAGACCGAGGCUCAGCUUCGAGCCGAGUUGGAAGAGAGCCAUCGCAGGGAGAACAACCUCAAACGACGUCUAGACGAGCUAGAGCUCGAACUUCAGAACGUCAAGGACGCGCUUGAGGCUACCGAGCCUGGAAGAGCCACCAAGAAGCCCCGUCUAACCGAACCCGAAGAGUCGAACAAUGACAACCCCCCCGAGGAAGCGCCUGCUGCUGCCUCUGCUGUUGCCUCUGCUGUUGCCGAAACCGUGGAAGCUCCGGCGCCUCAGCCUGAAGCCGCAUCUGCCUAG